AUGAAGGUGGAUUACCCUAAGAACAUCGAUGACGAGUUCGAUGCGGCAGACGAGAGUGAGGGAGGUCUGUCUCUGAUGAAUCCCACGUCAACUUCGGCCUUUAUCUACCGCAUUCGGUUUGCCGAGAUCUGUCGCGAGGUAGUUGACACGAUACCAGCUGUCUUCCUGGAGUCAACGCAUCAAGUUGCCCAGACCCUGGACUACGAAGCCAUCCUAUCUCUCGACAGGAAAUUGCAGCUCUUCAUCCACAGUUUGCCAUAUUUCUUUCCGCUGGAUCAGAGCAGUAUCCAGCAACGCCAAGGCAUCUGUCGACAGCGGCCGUAUAUCGCUUGGCAGCGAGUCAUGCUGCAUUUGAGUAUCCAUGGUUGUAUUUGCCGACUACAUCGACUGUUCCAUCUAGAAGGUAUUCGGAAUCGAAAGUACGCCGACUCCCGUGAGAUGUGUAUUCGCUCUGCCGAAGCUGUUCUGGAUCUGCAGCGUUCAUUGGAUAAUUAUGUGUACAUUGCCACGAUUACCCUCGCCCGGGAUUUAUCCCUAAAGCCACAUGCUCCGGGAGCCGACAGUCGCAAGAAUGAGGUGUUGGCUUCUUGCCAGAUGUUAGAAAAGUCUAAACAUGAAUUGGCACCGCUGAGACAGGCAAUCCAAAGAAACACGCAGACCUUGCUGGCUAUCUUGCAUAAUAAACAAUCCGUUUCAAAGUCGCAACAGGGGACCGAACUUGGUCCGAUUCCUAAUGACCCGAAUUCUCGACCGAACGCUGCGAUUCGAGAAGCCGCUGAACAGCGAGUUGAUUCUCUCAGCGCAGGGCGUACGACACCCGUGCCACAGUGA